AUGAAACUUGAAGGGAUCAGAGUGCUGGAUCUCUCCCGGUUUCUGCCGGGUCCGCAUCUGGCGAUGAUGAUGGCCGAUCACGGCGCGGACGUGAUCAAGAUCGAGGACACGAAGAGCGGCGAUCCCGCGCGCGUCAUUGGGCCCGCCGAGGGCGGCCACACGGUCUAUUUCCGCAAUGCAAACCGGGGCAAGCGGAGCCUCGCGGUCGAUCUCAAGAGCGAGGCCGGGCGCGAGGCCUUCAUGCGCCUCGCCGAGACCGCCGACGUGAUCCUCGAGACGUUCCGUCCCGGCGUCGUCGACCGCCUCGGGAUCGGUUACGAGGCGGUGUGCGCCCGCGCACCGCAGAUCGUCUACGCCUCCAUCUCCGCCUUCGGCCAGUCGGGACCCUACCGCGACCGGCCGGCCCACGACCUCAGCGUCAAUGCGCUCGCCGGAAUCGCCAGCCUCAGCGUCGAUGGCGACGGCAAGCCGGCCAUGGCGUGCCUGCCGCCGUCCGACAUGGGGGGCUCGCUCAUGGCGCUGGCGGGAAUUCUCAUGGCCCUGCUGCGCCGCCAGACCACCGGGCGCGGCGACUACCUGGACCUUUCCAUGUUCGACACGGUGGUGUCAUGGACGGCGCAUGUGGCCGGCCGCGUGUUCGCCGACGGCUGCGCGCCGGAUCCUGCAGCCGAGCGCACCCAGGGCGGGGCCGCGUUCUACCGCCCCUACCGCACCAAGGACGGCCGCUACAUCACCCUCGGCGGCGGCGAGAUGAAAUUCGUCGUCAACUUCCUCGAAGCCGUGGGGCGGCCGGAUCUGAUCCCCCUCGGCCGCGAGCCCGCCGGCCCGGCGCAAGCGCUGCUCCACGCCUUCCUCGAAGAGACCUUUGCCCAGCGGACCCAGGCCGAGUGGGUCGCCUGGUUCGCCGGCCGCGACAUCUGCUUUGCGCCGGUCCUCGACCUCAAGGAAGCCUUCGACGAUCCCCACCUCGCCGCGCGCGGCAUGCGCGAACGGGACAGCGAUGGCGCCUCCCACCUCGGCAUCCCGAUCAACACCGCGAUCCUGCGCGAGAUCGGUUACGACGAAGCCGAAUGCAGGGCGCUCGUCCGCGACGGCAUCAUCCGGCAGUCGGCGUGAUUCUAAGCGGCGGCCGCGCCCUGCCCCUCACCCAGCAGGCGGAUAAUCUCCGCCGUGGGCUUCACAUGGCAGAAGUUGCCGUCGAGAUAUUCGACCGCGUUGGCAUGGCCGCUCGGCGACAUGGCGGCGCAGGAGUCCUCGGGCAUCAGGCAGCGGAAGUCGAGGUCGCCCGCGAGCCGGAUCGUGCCUUCGACGCAGCUGUUGGUGAAGAUCCCGCUCACCACGAUGGUGGUGAUUCCCUUCACGCGCAGCAGAUGCUCGCAAUUGGUCGAGGGGAAGACCGCCGAGCCGCUCUUGGUCAGCAUGAUGUCGCCCUCUUGCGGCACGAGCGGCGCAAGGAUCUGUGCGUCCUUCGAGUCGACAGUCGUGACCACACCGAAAUGACGGUGGCGCCAGGUC